GCGGCUGAGUCAGGUCACCCCACACGCUUCACGUCCUCACACUCGAUUCCCCUCGUGCUUAUGUUGACAGACCGUUAGUUUUUUUUUUUUUUUGUACUGACUAAAUAUAACUGUGUGUCCGAACCACGACAGAGCCUUAGUAUCUUGAGUUAUUUAUCAAAAAAUAAAGUAUUAUAAAACACCAAGUUAAGGAACCAUGGAACAACAUUGAAAGAAAGAAAUUUAUUUGAGAAGAAUCUGUGACUUCUACACCCCAAGAAACUGAACGCACAGUUGUUGUGGUGACCUGUUGUGACCACCGUGGCCGAGUGUGGGUACUGCUGCCAGGGAGGCCGCCACAGCACUCACACCCACCACUACCUCACUCUCCUGAACCCCCCCCCGCCCCGCCUGACGUAGAAAAUAAGUUAUAUAUAAUGUGGAUGACGUGAAGAACAGACUCACGUUAUGUGUUAAUGUUCUGUGUUGUUUAAAGUAAUAUACUGCGGUAUACAGUCAGGUGAUUAUGGGAGAUGGACCGUUUGCCUCGUUCACAUAAAUACAAAACUAACAAGAAUAUGAGAUUCUUUCCAUUCGUGUAUUGUUUAGGGUUGAGAAAUCAAUACGUCAUUUUAUUGUGAGUUAGUGAAGUCAAGAUACUGGACUAAAGUGUGUGUGUGUGUGUGUGUGUGCGUGCGUGUGUAUCUGGAGGGAAGGUUUACUGGAGGAGGCCAUGAAGGUGUGAACAACGUGUCGUCGUAUAAGAAGGACUCAACCAUCUCAUCCAAAAUGUCUGAGUACGACAAUGUCCCCAUCCUGCCCAGCAACUACCACAACCACCUGGAUCAUGACGACCUCGUCUCUCCCUCACUCAUCCCGAGCUUCCCUCUGGAUGAUCCUCCUCCGGUCCCUCCCCACCAGAUGUCCCUGGCUGUCCCCAGCUUCCCUCUCCAGAUACCUCUGUCUUCCCCUACCUUCUCCUACCACCACAACCAUCAACACCAACAACCGUCGCCGCCACUACAGCGACUACUACAGUUCCCGACAGAGAAGAACGUGCUGGGUCAGGAUCUACUGCACGACCAGCAGCAGGUGGAGCAGGAAUACGAGAGUCUGGACCACCGACUGGUUAUUCAGCACCAGAAAGUGCACAUGAAACAGCCGCAACAGCAGGUUCAGCAGCUACCACAGCAGGAACAGCAGCCACAGCAACAGCCACAGCAGCAGCCACAGCAGGAGCCACAGCAGGAGCAGCAGCCACAGCAGGUGGCACCGUCUCCGCCUCCCACCAUUAAGACUUCGCCAGUCAAACCAGAGUGA